UCCGCCCUCGGGUGCUAGAGUAAACAACUUCGGGGAUAUCGCCGGUAUAUUAUUGUACCGCUUCAGAACCAGGCGUUAACCAUACGUAAACAAGUCGUUGUCUGCUGAAUCGCUCAGUAGUGCAUUAAUUUUCUGAUGAUGAAAGUGAUUUUCCUUGCAGUUCUUUUCGCAUUAUGCUGGAGUUCAUCAUCAUGUGAACAAGACACCGGGUACUAUCUUGCGUUUCCCAGGAAUUAUCAUUUCACUCAAUCCCUGAAGUUGUCGAUAUCCACUACGGAGUCCGAACCAGUUUAUUUCUUUGUUGAUACUUUGGAUGGCUUUCAGUUCAGGGGCAUUGUCCACGAUAAUGCUACCGUCACUGUUGAACUGCCCCUCUCAUUUGAAGUGACAAAUAGCACUGUGAGAAACAAAGGAAUUAGAAUAACAGCUGCCACCACCAAAUUAACAGUCCAUGGCUUAAGUCAUCGUGAUCGUACUUCUGGUAUGUUUGCGGCACUACCGUGCGUGAAGCAAAACGUUAAUGAAUAUGUAUACUAUGGAGUAACUUAUGGAACCACAUACCUAUCACAGCUGCUGUUUGUUGGGUGUGAAGAUGGCACCCAGGUAAAGGUUGGGUCAGAAGUUAUCAAUCUGAAUGAAAUGGAAACGUACCUGUACACCAAUGGCAGCGAUUUGACAGGAGUUAGAGUUGUUUCGAACAAGCCAAUAUCUUUUUUCUCUGGUGAAAGAUGCACAAACAUCCCAGUAGGUGUCGGGUUCUGUGAUUUCAUCGUUGAGCAACUUCCCAACACCGCACUCUGGGGUUCUCACUUUCUGACAGCUUCGCUCUAUGGGCGGACAGCUCCAGAUAUUUACACUGUAGUGUCUUGUGCUCCGUCCACCAUUGUUCAGAUACAUUGCUCAAACUCACUUCCAACUCAAGUUUUAUACGAAUUUGAAAACAACUAUGAAACAUUUACGUUGUCAAAUGAUACUUUCUGCACUAUAACCUCGAAUCACCCAGUGUUGGUCGUUCAGUUUGCAUCUGGUCAAGAAGCUGACAAUGUUGAAAGCGAUCCAUUUAUGAUGAUGCUACAACCAAUUGAGCAGUAUGAAAAUGAUGUUGCAAUUGUGGUUCCAUCUAAUUUUACAGUUAAUGUUGUUGCCAUAUAUGUUAGACCAGAAGAAUUUGAACCAGAAAAGGUAUCUGUGGAUGGAAAUAGUCAAACAAAUGUGAAUUGGACAGCCAUUCCAUGUGCAGAUGGAAAUGUUUGUGGAUAUGUAGCUUAUGUCAGUCUUACAGAAGGGCAACACAGACUUUCUCACCAGGACGGCCAAUGUGGGAUGAUUGGGGCUUCUGUCUAUGGAUUCAGCUACCACAAUGGAUAUGGCUACCCAGCAGUCGGGACAGUACAUACUCUGUUACAAGGAUCAGCAGUGUCUCCACGGAAUGUUAAGGUUGGUGUUGAAAGUCCCAAUGUCCUCACUGUACAAUGGGAUAGCCUUAGAGUUGACUGUAGUGAGGUCAAUGGUGUUAUAGUCAAGUACAAAGUGCAGUAUGUAGCACAGAACAGUGAUGUGGUUCACACCAAAGAUCAGGCUGCACGGCAGAAUGUUACUAGACCCAAGAUGUCACUAACAGGACUGAGUCCGAAUACCAACUACACCAUUCAAGUGGCUGCUGUGAACGUGGAGGGAUAUGUGGGAUUGUUAAGUGCACCCCUGAGUGUACAGACAGCACAAGUGGCAGUAUCAUCUCCGAGUUCCAGAAACUCUGAAGGCCUUACAAUAACUAUUGGAGUCGUUUUUUUCCUCGUUGGUGUUCUUGUGGGUGCCUCUGGAAUAACUGCUGCAGUCAUCAUUAGACAAAAGGCCAAGCGACAGGAAAGCUCAAAAGAACCCCAUAUCAUUACAAAACCAAAUCAAGUGUAUGAGAUGACCCAGAUAAGAAAUCCAGGAGCUGCAGUGAUGGAAGAUCCGGUGUAUGCAACAGUUUCCCGCGUGCUGAAAUUAAAAAUUUAUACACAACCAAGUUUUUUUGUCCUUGGUUUUAAUUUUCCCAUGUAUAAUCAUGAAUAA